CUACCUACCCCAUAACUACGUCCUAGGGAACUGUGACACAACUUUUGGUAACGACCUAUCAGAGUAAUAUCGCUUCUUAUCAUGCAUAGUGGAUAUGGCGUGUAUCUCCUGAAGUGCCAAUAAGUUACACUUGUCCUAAUUAAAGCGUAACAAAAGGCCGAUUUGUUGAAUAAAGUAUGUAGUAUCUACCACAUAUCCCGUAUCAUAAUCAAGUGUAGUCUGCACUUUAAGAGAUGCAACUGGUGAGACAAAAGCAAUUAAACCGCCGAAGAUGGUGGGCUCGGAGAUGGCUAUGUAGCUGGCAAAUCCCGUUCUAAGACGAUCUAUCCAGAUGGUAUCUGAAAAGACCCGAAAGAUAAUAUAGUGGCCCAGAAGCAAAAUUUGGAAGCAUGCAGAUACCGAUGCCAAAAAGCAAUGAACUUCACUGUCUAGAAGCAAUUUUAUAUCGUUUCCUUUGACCGUAUCUUCGGAUUACUUACUAUACUUCCAGGACUUCAUUGAUAAUCUUCGGCAGAUGCUGUCAAUACGCCUUGAGUCUGCCAGUCGCAAUGAAGAUAGUAUUGGCAUUACACGGUAUCGGCUCCUCCGCAGAGAUUGUUAAGGACCAACUAGUUCCACUGACAAGAGAGCUAAGCCCUAGAUACGAAUUUGUCUACUUGGAUGGAGCGGUCGAAAGAGAAAGGGGCCCGGGUGAGUUCGAUGAUCGAUAUGUCGGGUUCUAUGAGUUCUCCUUUGCCAAUACGCCAUUAGGAAUAGCGUCCUAUUACCUAGGGCCAUUUUAUUCAUAUACCACGGGCUACAUGACGGCUGAGAUUCGAGAAGCCCUCGAUAACCUCGAUCAAUUUGUGAGAGAACAUGGCCCCUUUCACGGAGUGUUUAGCUUCAGCCAAGGUGCCUCCAUGGCUGUUUCAUAUUUACUCGAUUGCCAAGCCCAUGAGUCUGGGACAAAGCUACCCUUUGAGUUCGCGGUUUUAUUCUCUUCGGUAUCGGCUUUCUCGCCUAGUAAGACAUGCUACGGAUCCAUCGUGGAACAUCUUCUUGGCCGAGACUUUCGGGCAAUUCAGGCGUUUCCCGAGGCAGAAUUCAACGAACUUACUAAAUCCGAGCAAAUCUUCGCCGAAAACUUAGCUCCAAUGUUCACGGGAGCCAAAAAGAUGGGCUCAUUUACAGAAUCGAUCAACUUUUUCAAACAGCGAAACCAAGAAGCUGUCCCUCGAGUUUUACAUCACUCUUUAACUCAAGACCGCAUCACAAUCCCAACGGUCUACGUCAACGGAAAAGGAGAUCCCCCCGCAAUGAGUGCGCAGUCAAGAUUGGUAUGUGGUCUGUGCGACCAAUCCUUAGCUCGCGUACAUCAUCAUUCAGGGGGUCAUGGUGUACCUACAGAGCUCUUCGACGUGAAAACUCUUAUAAAAAUGAUAGAUCGGGCUAGUAUAGAGGGAGCAGACCGCCAUGUGCUACACCAAGACCCGACGGGAAUCCCGCAGCGUUAAUCUUCGUAGCUAUCUCCGACGUAUCUCGUACGAAGUUGAAGAGCUCAGGGGAAUAGCAUACCAAGAACAACCAGCCCAGAUAUAAUCCAUACCAUCAAUAGGGUGUCCAAAACACAACGAAGCACAUACGACGAAAUGACAACGCUGCCCUUCCUGGACUCUUUCGUAAAGUGGACCUAUAAGAAAUACAAUCCUGCGUUCCAAGCAACGCAGAAGUCGAAAAGGGACGUGAUCGUAUCAGGGGGGCGGUUAAUACAAGCA